GUGUUAACACUCGUUCCAGGCUCCUUAUCUCUAAAUGAAAACUUUGCACAAUGCGUGAGUGACGCAAAGUUCAUCGUGUUUUCAGCUAAAAUGGGACGAUCUUCAAAGGAUAAACGAGAUAUUUACUAUCGUCUUGCCAAGGAAGAAGGCUGGAGAGCUCGAAGUGCYUUUAAACUUCUUCAUCUGAACGAGGAUUUUGACUUGUUUAAUGGUGUGACGAGAGUGGUAGAUUUGUGUGCAGCCCCUGGUAGUUGGAGCCAGGUUUUGAGUAGAAAACUGAUCCAAGAAAGACCUGAAGGCAAAGAAAAGGUUAAGAUUGUUGCUGUUGAUCUGCAAGCAAUGGCGCCAUUACCGGGAGUCAUUCAAAUUCAAGGAGAUAUCACAAAGACUUCUACUGCAGAACAAAUUAUCUCACAGUUUGAAGGAGAGCAGGCUGAUCUUGUGAUAUGUGACGGUGCUCCUGAUGUAACUGGUCUCCAUGACAUUGAUGAAUAUAUCCAAGGACAACUUCUUCUUGCUGCUCUCAACAUAACCACUCAUGUCUUGAAACAUGGUGGUAACUUUGUAGCUAAAAUMUUCAGAGGGAAAGACGUAUCUCUAUUAUACUCACAACUCAAGAUUUUCUUUCCUACAGUGACAAUUUGUAAACCAAGGAGUAGUAGGAAUUCUAGUAUUGAGAGUUUUGUUGUUUGUCAGUCGUACUCUCCACCAGAGGGAUAUAAGCCAACAAUGUCAAAUCCACUCCUGAACAAUCAUCAAAAUCCUGACUUUGAAAGCCUAGAGGGAGUGAAUCGUGUAAUUGUCCCUUUUCUGGCCUGUGGUGAUCUAAGUGGCUUUGAUUCUGAUCAGACUUACAAUGUAGAAGGCAAGAAUGGAGAGGAAUAUCAGUCCCUCCCACCAACACAAGAACCAAUAAACCCUCCAUACAAGACUGCUUGUCAUCUUAAGAAGAAUAAUCUACUUGCAACACAAGUCACAGAAMAAAAAGACAGUGAAUCAGGCAAUGAACCAAGCAACAGCUAGCAAAGGUUUUUAAUGAUUGAAGUAAUAUAUGCUGUAGUUGGUUAAGUUAGAGGAGCAAAACCAAAGAUAAACUGGUUUCAUUUUUAAAAUAGGCAGUAAGGCAGUAAGAUAAUCUAGAGGAGAUGCAGUAUUAGAGGCAUUAAUGUGAGUACAGAAUAUAAUUCUUUAUUUAUAUUAUUUUUAUUUGACAAUCAUCCAUCAUUCAACUUGUAAUACAUUACAUAUGACUUGCCCAAGUCUUUGCUGUAUUUAUUAUUCCAAAGGAAAUCACUGUCAACACUCAAUGUAUCCUUCAACAUACUACUUCCCUUAUCAGCAACCAGCCAUAUUAAACCCUUGUUUGAAUAAACAGCUUGUGAAAAACU